AUGUUUGAUGAGAAUGGCCAGUCGUCAUUUGCACCGAGACAGCUGAAGCACACCAUCGGCCGCUAUGGACCAGCCUUCUCCGGCUACGGACAGCAGGAUUCCCAGGAGUUCCUCCUGUUCCUUCUCGAUGGUUUGCAAGAGGACUUGAACAGGAUCCAGAAGAAGCCGUACAUUGAGAAGCCAGAUUCUACGGAUGAAAUGGUGCACGACAAGGAAGCGCUGCAUGAUUUUGCCAAUAAAUGCUGGGACAUUUACAAAGCUCGCAAUGAUUCAGUCAUUACGGACCUGUUCGCUGGUAUGUACAAGUCGACUCUUGUCUGCCCGGCCUGCGAAAAAGUCAGCAUCAUUUUCGACCCCUUUAACAAUCUGACCCUGCAACUUCCGAUCGAGAACUUAUGGAGCAAGUCAAUAUUCUACUUCCCUCUCAACAAGAAGCCCAUCAUUAUCGAUGUUGAGAUCGACAAGCACUCCAGCGUCAAGGCGCUCAAACAGCUGAUCGCCAAGAAAGUUGACACCGAUCCCCAGCGACUGAUUAUGUCUGAAAUCUACAAAUGCAAGUUCUAUAAGAUGUUCGACAACACAGCUUCAAUUGCCGACUGCCAGAUUGGCGAGGGUGACGAAAUCGGCAUUUACGAGGUCGAGUCAGUGCCAACAAACUAUAAUCCCGACAAGGUGACCAAGAGCUACUUCUCUUACAGCCGAUCAAGUUAUGAAGAGGUCCCGAAGUUUGACUCGCCCAAGUCUGACAAGAUGAUUAUUUCCGUCUUUCACCGACAGGAGCGGCCUCGGAAUGGUGGCUUCCGCUCGAACUACCAGUUCUUCGGAGUGCCGUCGUAUAUCAUCAUCAACCGAGACGAGGCCACAAACUAUGACAGUAUCUUGCGCAAGGUUCUUCAACAGGCUGCAAACAUGACAACCAGGGACUUCCUUAACGAAGAGGUGCCGGGAGAAACCUCGGCGGAAGAUUCAGAUACCGUCAUCAUGAAUGAAGACGAUGCAGAGUCGGCCGACUCGAAGAUCAAGACCACGUCCGUCGAUGGUGAAGAAGGCAUGGUAGAUGUUUCUAUGCGCGAUGUUUCCGAUGAAACGGAUGCCCCGCAAGAUUCUACCCGCGCCGCUCGCCUCGAGAGUUCUAUUCCUGCCAGACUCCACACCCUCUUCGAGAUCAAAUAUGCAAAGACGAACGAAGCUGUUCCUCUUGGCUUCUCCUCGGUAGACGAAAAUAAAGACUACCCGAAAAUGACGUCGCGGAUCAAGCCCAAGGUUAUUGCAAAGAAGCAAGUCGAAUCAGAAGAAGCCACCAGCGAGGAUGAAAGCUCAACAGACGAACUCGACAUGUUCGCUGAGAAACGCACAAGAACGCCAAAGCCCGAGCAUCAGGGACCUCUUAUCUGCCCUGGUGAGGCCAUCGUGCUGGAUUGGAACGCGGAAGCGAACGAUGCGCUCUUUGGCGGCGACCACAAGGAUACCGAUGGUGUGCGUGGCGCUCCUACGUGGACACAAAUCGAUCGGCUGCCAGAUCCUGAGCUGGCUAACCGGCGUCAGCUGCGACAGAAGCGGAAAAAGCGAGGUAUCACGCUGUACGAGUGUUUGGAUGAAUUCAACAAAGAAGAGAUCCUGUCUGAAAAUGACGCAUGGUACUGCCCCCGCUGUAAAGAACAUCGCCGUGCUAGCAAGAAAUUCGAGCUGUGGAAAACGCCAGAUAUUCUCGUCAUGCAUCUGAAGAGGUUCAGCGCGAGCCGUGGGUUUAGGGACAAGCUCGAUGUCAUGGUCGACUUCCCCACCGAGGGAUUGGAUCUGACGGGCCGAGUGGAGGCACCAGAAGAAGGGAAGAGCCUGAUAUAUGAUCUUUUCGCGGUGGACAACCACUACGGCGGUCUCGGAGGCGGCCAUUACACUGCGUAUGCAAAGAACUUCAUGACUGGCUUGUGGAACGAAUAUAACGAUUCGAGUGUGUCACGACCGAUCGACCCUCAGAGCGUUGUUACAUCCUCGGCGUAUCUGCUGUUCUACCGCCGUCGCUCUGACCGCCCAUUGGGAGGAAAGAUCCUGGAGGAGAUCACCGAGUCAUCGACGAGGCCGGGCAGUGAAACAGACUCUCACGGGGAAUCUCGCGGCCCGUCUCCGUCGGGGGAAGGCCGGCGCCUCGGCGGCUCCUCCCGCAAUGGGUCGUCGAGCGCCUUAGCCGGAGUCGGAGCAGCUCACCAGUCGGGAGAUGGUGGUUUGCGAAUCGGAACACAACUGAAGAGCAGCAAUGAGGACAGCCCGCCGGAAUACUCCAACAGCCCCUCGUACGGGGAAACAAGCUUCGGCAGGACCAACAACGGCCGACUCGAAGAUGAUGACAGCAGAGCUCCCGGGGGGGACCCUCUCUGA